UAAAGGUUAGGUAAUAAGGCUAAGGAAAGGGCUAUAGCCAUAACUGAACCUUGGACCUUGGAAGCUCUGGUGGGGAACAACUAUAUCGAUCAGGUAACGAAUUGGAUUCCAAGGUUCAGUGGCAUGAGUUUACCUAAUGCCCAGGUAAUUCUUCAGUCCUUGUCCUUUCCUAACUCUUUUUCUCUAUCUAUUCACAUACUUAUUUGCCUGCCUACUUAUACAUUAUUAAUCCCAAUCACCUUUUUUCGUCGUCACAUCGCAUAAAAAGAAAUCGUCGUCGAAACCCUCAUUCUUUUAUUAUUAUUUUGAUGACACAUAACAUACCUACAUAUGGAUACCCUGCAACUUGCAACCUUCAACCCCACCACCGCCUAAUUGAUACACCAUUCACCAAGACUAUCGUCAGACUACGUCACAUUCAUGUUUUCACCUUACAACACACCCUCCUAGGCACCUUAGCUUACCUACCUUUCUAGAAGAAGUGGUAGGUAGGUUAAUCUAGAUUUAAAUCCACUUCUCCAAUUCCGAGUUACUAUCUAGUAGUCUAGGUACUGCUAGCUAGCACUGCACCUGGCUGUAGCAAUCAUCUACUUCUAUACCGCUAGAUCGACGCACACGACCACGAUCACGCGCGCCACCCCACGAUACCUAGCUCCAUUCUAUUCAUCCCAACUACUACCGACCAUGAGUAGUACCCGACAGGAAAAUAACUUAAUAGACUUCUCGCCGCCCUCCUCCGGCACCUCUACUCCCGUCAACCGUCUUUCUCAAUCCUAUCCUCAAUCACAUCCACAGCCGCGAUCCCCUCCAUAUAGCUCGAGUACCGGCGGUGGGAGUGGCGGGAGCUAUAUCGGAUCUGCCGUCCUCGGUCUCUGGCGUCGCUUCUCCGCGGCCGAAACGCCCGGCUCGCCACCGCCCCACGGCUCCUCACAGUUCUAUCACGCGACCUCAGAACCAGCUUCCAUAUCGGGCGAUGGGAUUAACGGUCCAUUCAUCCCUCCCUCCAGACCUCCAGGCCGAUCAGCAUCGCCGCGUGGGCUCCCAUCCCUUGAGCCAUUGAACCUGCGCGGAUACCGGGUCGACACUGAGGCGGACGAGCGGCUCCUGGCGCGUGGCGUGGCAGAGGAAAUCCGGACAUUUCUACCAGAGCGACUGAAGAUCGCCGAGGAUUGGAGGCUUGUCUAUAGCUUAUACCAGGAUGGAAGUUCGCUGGCGACACUGUAUAAGCUUUGCGAUGAGUAUCGCGGGCGGCGGGUCGGGUUUGUGCUUGUUGUACGAGAUGGAAAGGAUGGGACUUUCGGCGCAUACCUAACAGAAGCACCACAUCCAGCACCCUCUUACUACGGCACAGGGGAAUGCUUUCUCUGGCGAGCCAGUCUCCACGCGCCUCUCCCGCCUCCCCCCUCCGCCGAUACCAGCAACAUAAACUUCCGAACCACGACGAUAGCAUCGCCUACAUCUUCCAUCCCUUCUAACGAUACCCAAUCCGCAAGCCAACAACAGAAAACUCUAGCUCCUGGCUUAACCGAUCCAGCCACUAAUAAACUAGCACAACCAGCCACUCAGAGCAUCAGAUUCCAAAACUUCGCGUACACGGGCGCCAACGAUUACUGCAUCUUCUGCGAGACCAAAUUCCUCUCCGUCGGAGGAGGCGGCGGAGGGACCUACGGUUUAUGGUUGAACGAUGGGCUAAGCAGGGGCCACAGCGCCCCGUGCGAUACUUUCUCCAACCAACCCCUCAGCGAUGAGGGGGAGAAGUUCGAUGUAUUGGGAGUAGAACUAUGGGUUGUAGGGAGCGGGUAAGAGCCGUCUAUUACAACAUGCUCUUAUGUCGGUUUUGGUUAGGAUUUGACUUAGGGAUGAGCAGGUAUGUACUGACUGACUGACGAUUUGUAAGAAUGAGAGGCACGUGUCUAUAUGGAGAUCAUGGUGUUUCGUCAAGUCAGACGGACUGCUUCUCCUGCUAAUCUGAUACAUGGAUGAGAAUCUCAUAGCAGCUUGGGUGAAUCCAAAUCAAUUGUUUUGUAUGGCCUGAGAAGAAUGACUUAUACGAGGUGGUCAAUCAUACUUCGUGGAAGGGGCAGAGGGGGUAAUUUGGUUUGGUUGGGUAAUCAAUCAUCCGUAUCUCAGCUUCGAUGAGCUGGCGCUCAUGGAGUAGGAUGGUAAGGGUGGGAUACAAAUGCUUAAUAUUCAUAGCAACGCCACUCUGAAGCCUCCCGGUUAAAGGCAAAGAGGCAAGAGUGAAAGGGGAAUAUAUAGUAUAUACACCCGCAAAGCUAGCCCAUUCUCCUAACUCAAUUCUAAGACUC